AUGAGGAAGAUCUGUUCGUCUGCGACAAUGCCACAUCGUGACCAGCCGUCGCCCGCAUCGUCUCUCGUCGUCACACUCAACUGUGUCGAGGAUUGUGCGCUCGAGCAGGACUCACUCGCCGGCGUUGCCGCUCAGUCGCAUCGCCAGUGAGCCAAAUGUCCUCCCCGCGGAGAUGUCGGCGUCAAGAUUCUGUUGGACUGGGACGGCGAGUCUCGGUUUGACACCCACGUUAUCGAAAACAUCAAAUCAGGCCGAGCGGUUCUCGCCUCUGACUCAGUCUUGUACCAGGAUGACGCAACCAAGAUCAUCAUCGACGGCUACUUGGCGAACUUCUUUGCUUUCGCUGCGGAUUUCGUCGGAGCGAUGGUGAAGAUGGGUGGCCUGGAUGUUAAACAUGGCGAUCAAGGCGAAAUCAGACUCCUUUGUACGUCACUAAUAGUUCUAAUUAGAGAGUGUUGA